AUGUUUCUGGCGCUUGUCAUUGCCCUAGUCGUGAACAUCUUACAAUCGGUUCGAGGACGUAACUUCCAGGGGCGUAUAAUAGACCUUCCUUUUGGUCUCAUCCUGAAGAUGAGUUCGCCAACGAAGGCUGCCAAAGAAGCCGAUAUCAUACGGUUCGUCCAGCGCCACACCUCUAUCCCUACUCCCCGCGUCGUCGCUUCGGACGAUGCAUUUGGAGACCGCUACUUGGUAAUGAAGAAGGUCGCCGGCGAGAGCUUGGACCGGGUGUGGCCGACGCUGGAACCCGCCCAGCGGACUAGGAUCGUCGAGCAGCUGCGCUCGUACAUAACCCAGCUCCGUUCACUCCCGUCGCCUCACGACCGCGCCAUUUGCUCACUGAAUGGAACCCCACUCUUCGAUGUCCGUAUCACUUGCACUGGUCCAGUGGGUCCGUUCGUGAACGAGAACGCGUUCAAUGACCGUCUCUUGGAGACGACGGCCAUCUACGACAAGAGGGCCACCCUCCCAGAAUACCGCUCACGCCUGCGCGGAGACCACGUCAUCGUGUUCACACAUGGAGACAUCGCGCCACGCAACAUCAUGGUCGACGGGGAUACCAUUGUCGCUCUGAUAGACUGGGAACAGUCGGGAUGGUGUCCAGAGCACUGGGAGAUGGUGAAGGCGAUGUGGUGCCCGCCAUACACCAAGCUCUCCCGUGAUCUCUGGGUGGAAGCUGUCAAGGAUCUAUUUGACAAGGACUAUGAGGCCGAAUGGCAGGUCGAGCGUGACCUCUCGGAGUAUAUCGUUGGUUUUUUCUAA